CUGAUUAUCCGCAUAGUAAUCGACAGUAAUUAAAAAAUUGACCGUAGUGAUAUUUGGGUUUUUUAAGUUGGCGUUUUUAGUGGAAAAAAUAGAUGUAGGUAAAUUAUGGCGGACGAAAAAGAUGUGGUCGAAAAAACCAUUGCGGAGGACUUGGUGGUUACCAAGUAUAAAAUGGCAGGAGAAAUAGUUAACAGAGCACUGAAGCAAGUUAUCGAUAAAUGCGUAGCGGGAGCUUCCGUACGAGAAAUCUGCGAAUACGGUGACCAGUUGCUCACCGACGAGACCAGCAAGGUCUUCAAAAAGGAGAAGGAACUGAAGAAGGGCAUCGCAUUUCCCACUUGCGUUUCCGUAAACAAUUGCAUAUGCCACUUUUCGCCCGUUCCCAGUGAACAGGACUGUGUUCUCAAAGACGGUGAUUUAACCAAAAUCGAUUUGGGCGUUCACAUCGACGGUUUCAUAGCCGUAGUGGCUCACACGAUAAUCGUAGGAGCUAAAAGCGAUAGCAAGGUAACAGGGAGGAAAGCCGAUGCCAUUUUAGCGGCUCAUUACGCUUCGCAGGCCGCCCUCAGGCUACUGAAGCCCGGCAACGAUACCUAUGCAAUCACCGAUGCCGUGCAAAAGGUGGCUGAAUCCUUCAAGUGCAAGCCCGUCGAAGGUAUGUUGAGUCACCAGUUGAAGCAGUUCAAGAUCGACGGAGAGAAGACGAUAAUUCAGAAUCCGAACGAUGCUCAGAAGAAGGAACACGAGAAAUUCGAGCUGGAUAAACACGAAGUGUAUGCAAUGGACGUUUUGAUCAGCACCGGUGAAGGUGUAGGGAAAGAGACCGAUACCAGAGUGUCGAUCUAUAAGAAAACCGAUGAAAUCUAUCAGUUGAAAUUGAAGGCAUCGAGGAUGUUUUAUACGGAAGUUCGAGCCAAGUACGGUAACAUGCCGUUUAAUUUGCGCAAUUUCCAAGACGAAACUAAAGCUAAAAUGGGCGUAGUGGAAUGCGUCAAGAACAAACUCAUAGAACCUUUCCAAGUUUUGUAUGAAAAACCAGGCGAACUAGUAGCUCAUUUCAAAUUUACGGUGCUGUUAAUGCCGAACGGUCCACACAAGAUCACUGGGCUACCUCUCGAUGUCGAUAAUUACCAUUCGGAAUAUUCCGUAACCGAUCCGGAGUUGAAAUCUAUCCUGAACAGUUCGGCCAAUCCGAAGGCGGCCAAGAAGAAAAAAAAGAAAUCGGAGAGUUCGGCGGAGCCCCAGCCGAUGGAAGUCGAAGCGGCUGCUUGAACGGAUUAUCACGGCAAAAAAUAAACGAGUUUUUGGAUUUUUAUAAACGCUUUUUCAUUUCACUUUUUAGUAGGUUUUUUUUUGGUUUUUUUAUACGGCGGAUAUCGAGGUUGCUCUGAAAGGAUUUUUUUGUGUAAAUCUGGAUAAUUGAACCUUCGUUUUCUGCGACUAAACGCAUCUGGAAAUUUUGUAAAUAUUUCAAAAAUCGUUUUACUCAUAAUCUUUUACUUUCCUCAAAGGCAAAUCCUUAUAGUUCAUUACGGAUGCCUACAGGGAAUUUCGUAAUGAAUGUGUAUUAUAAAUCCGGUACAAAUUUAUUUUUAUUUUAUUUGUAUCUCACGCCUUCCAUUUAAUUUCCAUUUUUCUUCAACGUUUAACUAGAUAAUUUUUCUAAUUAAUAAUAAAUUUAAAAAGUAUGACAUUGUACUAAACUUUAGGAUGCUGUAAAAAGCUAAUGA